CAGUGUCCGCGGGAGCGCCGCCGCCUCUCCAGCCACCCCGCGCCCCGCGCUUGACAGCGCCCAGCCCGCUCUCCAGUCCGCCAGGAGCGAGCCGCGCCGGAGCCCGCCGCCGCCGGCCGCCGCGCUCCGACCCCAGCCGCCGCCUCCAGCCUCCGCCGCGCCCGGCCCGGGACCCCUGCCCCGCGGGCAGCGCUGCCACCCUGCCGGCCAUGGAGACCCCGUCCCAGCGGCGCGCCACCCGCAGCGGGGCGCAGGCCGGCUCCACGCCGCUGUCGCCCACCCGCAUCACCCGGCUGCAGGAGAAGGAGGACCUGCAGGAGCUCAACGACCGGCUGGCCGUCUACAUCGACCGCGUGCGCUCGCUGGAGACGGAGAACGCGGGCCUGCGCCUCCGCAUCACCGAGUCCGAGGAGGUGGUCAGCCGCGAGGUGUCCGGCAUCAAGGCCGCCUACGAGGCCGAGCUCGGCGAUGCCCGCAAGACCCUCGACUCGGUGGCCAAGGAGCGCGCCCGCCUGCAGCUGGAGCUGAGCAAAGUGCGCGAGGAGUUCAAGGAGCUCAAAGCGCGCAAUACCAAAAAGGAGGGAGACCUGAUGGCCGCCCAGGCCCGCCUCAAGGACCUGGAGGCUCUGCUCAACUCCAAGGAGGCCGCUCUGAGCACGGCGCUCAGCGAGAAGCGCACGCUGGAGAGCGAGCUGCACGACCUGCGGGGGCAGGUGGCCAAGCUGGAGGCCGCCCUGGGGGAGGCCAAGAAGCAGCUCCAGGAUGAGAUGCUGCGGCGGGUGGACGCGGAGAACAGGCUGCAGACGCUGAAGGAGGAGCUGGACUUCCAGAAGAACAUCUACAGCGAGGAGCUGCGUGAGACCAAGCGCCGCCACGAGACCCGGCUGGUGGAGAUCGACAACGGGAAGCAGCGGGAGUUUGAGAGCCGGCUGUCGGACGCCCUGCAGGAGCUGCGGGCCCAGCACGAGGACCAGGUGGAGCAGUACAAGAAGGACCUGGAGAAGACCUACUCUGCCAAGCUGGACAACGCCAGGCAGUCCGCCGAGAGGAACAGCAGCCUGAUGGGGGCGGUGCACGAGGAGCUGCAGCAGUCCCGCAUCCGCAUCGACAGCCUCUCGGCCCAGCUCAGCCAGCUGCAGAAGCAGCUGGCAGCCAAGGAGGCGAAGCUGCGGGACCUGGAGGACCAGCUGUCCCGCGAACGGGACACCAGCCGCCGGCUGCUGGCCGAGAAGGAGCGGGAGAUGGCGGACAUGCGGGCGAGGAUGCAGCAGCAGCUGGACGAGUACCAGGAGCUGCUGGACAUCAAGCUGGCGCUGGACAUGGAGAUCCACGCCUACCGCAAGCUGCUGGAGGGCGAGGAGGAGAGGCUCCGCCUGUCCCCCAGCCCCACCUCGCAGCGCAGCCGCGGCCGCGCCGCCUCGCACUCCUCGUCCCAGUCCCAUGGCGGCGGGGGCAGCAGCAUCACCAAGAAGCGCAAGCUGGAGGCCGCCGAGAGCCGCAGCAGCUUCUCGCAGCACGCCCGCACCAGCGGCCGCGUGGCCGUGGAGGAGGUGGACGAGGAGGGCAAGUUCGUGCGGCUGCGCAACAAGUCCAACGAGGACCAGUCCAUGGGCAACUGGCAGAUCAAGCGCCAGAACGGAGAUGAGCCCCUGCUGUCCUACCGCUUCCCGCCCAAGUUCACCCUGAAGGCCGGGCAGGUGGUGACGAUCUGGGCCGCCGGCGCGGGGGCCACCCACAGCCCCCCGACCGACCUGGUGUGGAAGGCGCAGAACACCUGGGGCUGCGGGAACAGCCUGCGCACCGCGCUCAUCAACUCCAGCGGCGAGGAGGUGGCCAUGCGCAAGCUGGUGCGCUCCGUGACCGUGGUGGACGACGACGACGACGAGGAUGGGGACGACAUGCUCCAUCACCACCACGGAACCCACUGCAGCAGCUCGGGGGACCCCGCCGAGUACAACCUGCGCUCCCGCACGGUGCUGUGCGGGGCGUGCGGGCAGCCGGCCGAUAAGGCGCAGGCCAGCGGCGCGGGAGCCCAGGUGGGCGGAUCCGUCUCCUCUGGCUCCUCCGCCUCCAGCGUCACGGUCACCCGCAGCUACCGCAGUGUGGGGGGCAGUGGGGGUGGCGGCUUCGGGGACAGCCUGGUCCCCCGCUCCUACGUCCUGGGCAGCUCCAGUCCCCGGGCCCAGGCCGCCCAGAACUGCAGCAUCAUGUAAGCUGGGACCUGCCGGGCCGAGGCGGGGCCACCUGCUUCCCCCUCGCCUCGCGCCCACCCCAUCCCUGCACCUCAGGGCGGGGCCUUGAAGCCAAAGAAAAAGACCCCUUUGGUGUUUUUUUUCUUCUGUGUUUUUUUUUCUAAGAGAAGUUAUUUUCUACGGUGGUUUUAUACUGAAGGAAGAGCACAACCAAAAAAAAAAAAAAAAAAAAAAGCAUUUAUCUCAGUCUGCCCUGCACUCCCCCAGCUUUCAGGAAACGCCGUAUCUGCCUUAAAACCAAAGACGGCCCCGCCAGGGGCCGAGGGAGAGGGUGCUUUUACAGAGCCGAGGCCCUGCUUUGCUGCCUGCCUGCAGCCCCCACCGGGGCCCGGGAACACGGGGCCUGAGGGGCAGCUGUGCAAUCCUCUGCCGCCUUCCCGUCCUCCUGGAGGCCUGGCCGGGCCCACGCCCGCCCCAGCCCCGGGUGACUGAUUCCCCCAGGCCCCAGCUGCGCUUGCUUUUUUUUUUGUAUUUUAUGAGACAAGAGAUGGGAAUGCGGUGAGCGGUCAGGGAGGGGGAAGAAGGGUUCGUCGGACCCUGCUUCCGCCCAGCUGUAGCAUCGGAGUGGGGUCUGCAGGUCCCUGGAGGUCAAGGUCAAGUGGGCGCAAGGAGAAGGGAAAGGUAGCUCCCUGGGUCAGGCGAGAGUCUGAGGGGCCGCCCGGAGGAGGACGGUGAGGAGGGGCGGAGGGCGUGUGGCGGUCCUUUUUGGCAAACACUAAAGAUCCCCUUGGCUCCCCAUCUCCCAUCUGCACCCCUUCUCUCCUCCAAUCAAUACACUAGUUGUUUCUA